CGUGCAGACGCGAUACACCAAUCCCGGCAUGUUGCCCGUCACCCACACUUUGUCGAUUUUGUUAAUUGGAGUGUUACAACCCUAGCGGUUUAAAUACCUCACUCUCUAAAGCCCUCCUCCACUCUCUUCUACUUCGUGGAGACAGGAAGAGACAGCACAGAUCACUUCAUGAUAUCCUCCUUCAAUUCUGCUACUCCCGAAACCUCUUGUUUUAGUCGAAUUUGAAAAAAAUAUAUAUCCGCAAUCCAGUCGUUCUUAGAUAGUUCUGUUUUCAUAUUGGGAUUGCUUUGAUUUUGAUUCUUGCCGGUCAUGGAUCUUCCUAGCCUUGCCAUUAUUCUUCAGGCGGCACUUAGCCCUAAUCCAGAUGAGCGUAAAGCUGCUGAACAAAGUCUCGAUCAGUUUCAGUACACGCCACAGCAUAUGGUAAGGUUGUUGCAGAUUAUUGUGGAUGCUAACUGUGACCUGGCUGUGAGGCAAUUCGCCAGUAUUCAUUUCAAGAACUUUGUGGCUAAAAACUGGUCUCCUCGUGAGCCUGAUGAGCAACAGAAGAUCUUGCCAAGUGAUAAGGACAUGGUGAGGCAGAAUAUCCUUGUAUUUGUCACACAAGUUCCCCCAUUGUUGAGGGCGCAGCUUGGUGAGUGCCUCAAAACAAUUAUUCAUGCCGACUACCCCGAGCAAUGGCCAAGCCUUCUGCAAUGGGUGAAGCAUAACUUACAACAAGAUCAACAGAUCUAUGGGGCAUUGUUUGUCUUGAGGAUUCUUGCCAGGAAAUAUGAAUUCAAGUCAGAUGAAGAGAGGACACCAGUUCACCUCAUUGCUGAGGAGACAUUUCCUCAUCUACUCAACAUCUUUAACAGACUUGUUCAGAUCCCCAACCCAUCACUGGAAGUCGCAGAUUUGAUCAAAUUUAUCUGCAAAAUUUUUUGGUCAUCCAUAUAUUUAGAGAUUCCUAAGCAGCUGCUUGAUUCCAAUGUGUUCAAUGCAUGGAUGAUGUUAUUCUUGAAUGUAUUGGAAAGACCUGUGCCUUUAGAAGGCCAGCCUACAGAUCCAGAUCUCAGAAAAUCAUGGGGAUGGUGGAAAUUGAAGAAAUGGACAGUGCACAUUUUAAACCGGCUCUACACUCGGUUUGGAGAUCUGAAACUUCAUAGACAAGAAAACAAAGCUUUUGCUCAAACAUUCCAGAAGAAUUAUGCUGGGAAGAUUUUAGAAUGCCACUUGAACUUAUUGAAUAUGGUUCGUGUAGGUGGAUAUUUACCCGACAGAGUUACCAAUCUUAUUCUGCAAUAUCUGAGUAACAGUGUAUCCAAGAAUAGUAUGUACCAGUUGCUGCAACCACGACUUGAUGUUCUUUUGUUUGAGAUAAUUUUUCCUCUUAUGUGUUUUAACGAUAAUGAUCAAAAGCUUUGGAGUGAAGAUCCACAUGAGUAUGUGAGGAAGGGUUAUGAUAUAAUUGAAGAUUUGUAUAGCCCUAGGACUGCUGCAAUGGAUUUUGUAAGUGAGUUGGUCAGGAAACGUGGUAAAGAAAACCUACAGAAGUUCAUUCAAUUCAUUGUGGAGAUUUUUAGGAGAUAUGAUGAGGCACCAGCGGAGUAUAAACCAUAUCGACAAAAAGAUGGUGCUCUUCUUGCUAUUGGAGCAUUAUGUGAUAAAUUGAAACAAACUGAACCUUACAAGUCUGAGCUUGAGCGCAUGUUAGUGCAACAUAUUUUUCCUGAAUUUAGCAGUCCUGCAGGCCAUCUUAGAGCGAAGGCAGCAUGGGUUGCGGGCCAGUAUGCACACAUCAACUUUGCAGACCAGAACAAUUUCCGCAAAGCUUUACACAGUGUUGUUUCUGGCUUGCAUGAUCCUGAGCUUCCAGUUCGUGUUGAUUCAGUCUUUGCAUUACGCUCUUUUGUUGAAUCCUGUAAAGAUUUGAGUGAGAUCCGCCCAAUUCUUCCUCAAUUACUUGAUGAGUUCUUUAAACUUAUGAAUGAGGUUGAGAAUGAGGACCUUGUUUUCACUCUUGAAACCAUUGUGGACAAAUUUGGGGAAGAGAUGGCACCUUAUGCUCUUGGAUUAUGCCAGAACCUGGCUGCUGCAUUCUGGAAAUGUAUAAACACUGCUGAAGCCGAUGAUGAGGCUGAUGAUCCAGGUGCUCUGGCUGCAGUAGGUUGUUUGCGUGCUAUCAGCACUAUCCUUGAGUCUGUAAGCAGGCUUCCCCAUCUCUUUGUUCAGAUUGAGCCUACUCUAUUGCCUAUAAUGCGUAGGAUGUUGACUAGUGAUGGGCAAGAGAUUUUUGAGGAAGUUCUGGAAAUUGUGUCAUAUAUGACAUUUUUCUCUCCAACAAUUUCUAUGGAGAUGUGGAGUCUUUGGCCUGUAAUGACGGAAGCAUUGACAGACUGGGCUAUAGAUUUCUUUCCAAAUAUUUUGGUUCCAUUGGACAAUUAUAUAUCCAGGAGUACUGAGCAUUUUCUAAUUUGCAAAGAUCCUGACUACCAGCAAAGCCUUUGGAAUGUACUUUCGUCUAUCAUGACAGAUAAGAAUAUAGAAGACAAUGAUAUUGAGCCUGCGCCUAAGCUUAUUGAAGUUGUUUUCCAGAACUGCAAAGGUCAAGUGGAUCAGUGGGUUGAACCAUAUCUUAGAAUCACUAUUGAACGGUUACAUCGGACUGAGAAGUCUUACCUGAAAUGUCUUCUGAUGCAAGUGAUAGCUGAUGCUCUUUAUUACAAUGCAACUUUGACUUUGGGUAUUCUCCAAAAGCUUGGUGUUGCAACAGAUGUCUUUAAUUUGUGGUUUCAGAUGUUGCCACAGGUCAAAAAAAGUGGUAUACGUGUAAAUUUCAAAAGGGAACAUGAUAAGAAGGUUUGCUGCUUGGGAUUAACAUCUCUUCUUGCACUUCCUGCGGACCAGUUGCCAGGCGAAGCUUUAGAACGUGUUUUUAAGGCAACACUAGAUCUGCUUGUUGCCUACAAGGAUCAAGUGGCAGCUGCAAAGGAGGAAGAAGGUGAUAAUGAUGAUAUGGAUGGCUUCCAAACUGAUGAUGAAGAAGAUGAUGAUGAUGGGUCUGACAAGGAAAUGGGAGUAGAUGCUGAGGAUGGCGAUGAAGACGACACUGCGAGGCUACAAAAAUUAGCAGCCCAGGCAAAAUCUUUCCGCCCGAAUGACUCGGAUGAUGAUGACUCAGAUGAUGACUACAGUGAUGAUGAAGAAUUGCAAUCACCAAUUGAUGACGUGGACCCCUUUGUUUUCUUUGUGGAUACUGUUAAAGGUAUGCAAGCAUUAGAUCCAGGGCGGUUGCAGAAUCUUAUGCAAAGGCUUGAUUUCCACCACCAGGCCCUGGCAAGUGGCAUUGCGCAACAUGCUGAUCUGAGGAGAGCAGAGAUUGAAAAAGAAAAACUGGAGAAGGCAGCAGCCACCUCAUGAGUUUAGUAUGGUGGUCGCUUUUUUAUGGCUCGAAAUUUUGUUUGCUCUUCUGUAGUUGCUUCCGUAGUGCAGUUGAGAAACCAAAAGUGGUUACAAGUUCAAAUGGAGUUUGGUUGGUUCACUGUUCAAGGUGGUCAGUGAUUGAAAAGGUCUUUCAGGUUUGAAGUGUUUGGACCUGAAUGUGUCUUGGGUCACUAAAGGGAAUGACAAUUAGCUUAAAAGAAUG